GAAGGAGACGAGCGGGGGGAGGAGACAAACGGAACGCAGCCGCAGUCGAGUCUGCCCGUCUCCCUCACACCGCCACUGUUUGUCAUCUUCCCCAUCAACACUCCUGUCCCCGUCAGUCUCCCCCCGCCAGUAAGCGACCGCCCGUGGAACAUUGUUGACGAAAUACCGCCGACGAGAAGGCGACAACAUGAGCGUCGAGGCGUACGGGCCGAGUUCGCAGACCCUCACGUUCCUGGACACCGAGGACGCCGAGCUGAUGGGGGCGGACACGCAGGGCUCCGAGUACGACUUCACCGAUUUCACCCUGCCGAGCCAGACCCAGACCCAAGGCCAGACCCAGAGCCAGCUCGACGGGCAGGUCAACGGUGCUGACGGGCUGUUACAGAAUGGAGUUGACCCCGUGGUGAAAGCCGGUCAGUUGCUGGCAGAGCUGAACUUUGAGGAGGAUGAGGAGGACACCUACUACACCAAGGACCUUCCUGCACAUGCCUGCAGUUACUGUGGGAUUCAUGAUCCAGCCUGUGUGGUUUACUGCAACACCAGCAAGAAGUGGUUUUGUAACGGCCGUGGAAACACAUCCGGGAGCCACAUUGUCAACCACCUUGUGAGAGCAAAGUCCAAGGAGGUGACCCUGCAUAAAGAUGGCCCUCUGGGGGAAACGGUACUGGAGUGUUACAACUGUGGCUGCCGCAAUGUCUUCCUGCUGGGCUUUAUCCCCGCCAAGGCUGAUUCAGUGGUGGUGUUACUGUGCAGGCAGCCAUGUGCCAGCCAGAGCAGUCUGAAAGACAUCAACUGGGACAGCUCACAGUGGCAGCCUCUCAUCCAGGACCGCUGCUUUCUUUCCUGGCUGGUCAAAAUCCCCUCCGAACAGGAGCAGCUCAGGGCCCGGCAGAUCACCGCCCAGCAGAUCAACAAGCUGGAGGAACUCUGGAAGGAAAAUCCCACUGCGACCUUGGAGGAUCUGGAGAAGCCGGGUGUGGAUGAGGAGCCCCAGCAUGUCCUGCUCCGCUACGAGGAUGCUUAUCAGUACCAGAACAUCUUCGGUCCUCUUGUGAAGCUGGAAGCUGAUUACGAUAAGAAACUUAAAGAGUCCCAGACACAAGACAACAUUACAGUCAGAUGGGACUUGGGACUGAAUAAAAAGAGGAUUGCAUAUUUCACUCUUCCCAAGACAGACUCAGAUAUGCGACUGAUGCAGGGAGAUGAAAUCUGUCUCAGGUACAAAGGAGACCUGGCACCUCCAUGGAAAGGCAUUGGACAUGUCAUCAAAGUCCCCGAUAACUAUGGUGAUGAGAUUGCCAUAGAGUUAAGGAGCAGUGCCGGGGCCCCAGUGGAGAUACCACACAACUUCCAGGUCGACUUUGUGUGGAAGUCCACUUCCUUUGACAGGAUGCAGAGUGCCCUGAAGACAUUUGCUGUGGACGAGACUUCAGUGUCUGGUUACAUUUAUCACAAACUGCUGGGACACGAGGUAGAAGACGUGGUCAUCAAGUGUCAGCUGCCCAAACGUUUCACCGCACAGGGCCUGCCUGAUCUGAACCACUCCCAGGUGUAUGCUGUGAAGACAGUGCUGCAGCGUCCCCUCAGUCUGAUCCAGGGGCCUCCUGGCACAGGGAAGACAGUAACCUCUGCCACCAUCGUCUACCACCUGGCAAGGCAGGGUAACGGGCCAGUGCUGGUGUGCGCUCCCAGUAACAUUGCUGUUGACCAGCUGACAGAGAAGAUCCACCUGUCUGGACUCAAGGUGGUGAGGCUGUGUGCCAAGAGCAGAGAGGCCAUCGACUCACCUGUGUCCUUCCUGGCUUUGCACAACCAGACCCGAAACAUGGACAGUAUGCCUGAGCUUCAGAAGCUCCAACAGCUGAAAGACGAGACUGGCGAGCUGUCCUCCUCGGACGAGAAGCGCUACCGAGCUCUGAGACGCACUGCUGAGAGGGAGCUGCUUAUGAAUGCUGAUGUGAUCUGUUCUACCUGUGUUGGGGCGGGAGAUCCUCGUUUGGCCAAGAUGCAGUUCCGCUCAAUCCUGAUCGAUGAGAGCACCCAAGCCACUGAACCAGAGUGCAUGGUGCCUGUUGUCCUGGGGGCCAAGCAGUUGAUUUUGGUGGGUGAUCACUGCCAGCUGGGACCUGUGGUGAUGUGUAAGAAGGCAGCAAAAGCAGGUCUUUCACAGUCUCUGUUUGAGCGCCUGGUAGUUCUGGGGAUCCGACCAAUCCGUCUGCAGGUCCAGUACCGCAUGCACCCGGCCCUCAGCGCCUUCCCCUCCAACAUCUUCUAUGAAGGCUCUCUGCAGAACGGGGUCACUGCUGGGGAUCGUGUGAAGAAAGGUUUUGACUUCCAGUGGCCGCAGCCUGACAAGCCAAUGUUUUUUUACGUCACACAAGGCCAAGAGGAAAUUGCCAGCUCUGGAACGUCAUAUCUCAACAGGACUGAGGCGGCCAAUGUGGAGAAGAUAACCACAAGGCUGCUGAAGGCUGGGGCAAAACCUGACCAGAUCGGCAUCAUUACCCCCUACGAGGGUCAGAGGUCAUACCUGGUCCAAUACAUGCAGUUCAGUGGCUCCCUCCACACCAAGCUCUAUCAGGAGGUGGAGAUAGCCAGUGUUGAUGCCUUUCAAGGCAGAGAGAAAGACUUCAUCAUCCUUUCGUGUGUGAGGGCCAAUGAGCACCAGGGCAUUGGCUUCCUGAACGAUCCCCGACGUCUGAACGUGGCGCUCACCAGGGCCAGGUAUGGUGUAAUAAUAGUGGGGAACCCGAAGGCCCUGUCAAAGCAGCCCUUGUGGAACCAUCUGCUGAACUACUACAAGGAGCAGAAGGUCCUGGUCGAAGGCCCCCUCAACAACUUGAGGGAGAGCCUCAUGCAAUUCAGCAAGCCACGCAAGUUGGUCAACACCAUCAACCCUGGGGGUCGAUUCAUGAGCACUGCCAUGUAUGAUGCCAGGGAGGCCCUCAUUCCUGGAUCUGUUUAUGACCGCAGCAGCAACGGACGUAUGUCCAACAUGUAUUUCCAGACCCAUGACCAGAUCGGUAUGAUUGGCACAGGCUCCAGUCCCAUGAGUUCCAUGAACAUCCCCAUCCCCUUCAACCUUGUGAUGCCCCCUAUACCUCCUUCGGGGUACAUGGGGCAGGUCAACGGGCCCUCAGGAGGUCGUGGUGGAGGUAUGAAGGGCAAGGCAGGAAGUGGAGGAGGAGGAGGCGGGACUCGGGGUGGCCGUCAAAGAAACCGCGGCAUCAUAGGAAACCACGGUGGGGGAGCGGACCGCGGGCACGGAGGACAAAUAAGCGCCAGCCAGGCCAGCCAGGACCUGGGCUCCCAGUCCUUCUCCCAGGGUCCUCUGACCCAGGGCUACAUCAACAUGAGCCAACCAUCACAGAUGAGUCAGACCGGACUCUCCCAGCCUGAACUCUCCCAGGACAGUUACCUAGGAGACGAGUUCAAGUCCCAGAUUGAUGUGGCUCUGUCCCAGGACUCCACCUACCAGGGGGAGCGGGCCUACCAACACGGUGGUGUGACUGGACUGUCCCAGUACUAGACAUUGCUGGAAAGGAGCUAGGCCUGCGUGAAGCUUAGUUCAUCGGUAUUUUAAUCUGGGUAAUAACAAAAAAGAACAAACAUGGAUACCCGUUUUCCACUGCUACAACUGAAGCACCACUGUGUGAAAGUAACAGGAGAGAGACCGUGAGAAACCAACCAAUCACAAGAGUGAGGGCAACAAUGGGAGUAGAGCUGGACAGGAAGGAGAGCAAGAGAGGCGAGCGGGAGGCAGGUGGAGCAGAGAAGGCACUGCUGCUCACACGCGGAGACACGGCGAAGAAGAAAGCUCGUCGUCGCCGGAGCAGCACAGUUAGAGAGGCAAGACCUCGGACGGGUCGAGGAGGGUGGGAGUUCCAAACGUUGGAGAGGGGUGAGGGACGACUGUGUCAUCUUGUCCCUCGUGUACCCCUGAACCCUCUGGCGUCUCCAGGCGGUAUGGUUGGGAUUCUUGCUCCAGAAGCUGAGAAAGACGGAGAAGAAGAGGUGUCUCACCAAGAAAGUCCUCCAAGCCAACUCAACAGGACGUCUUCUGUGACAUGGACAGAGAGAGAGAGAUAGAGAGGGAACACAACUCUUGGAGUAGUUGACUUGGCAACAUUUUUAAACUCAAAGCUUGAAUCAAGGCUCUGCAUUUGAUCACAUCUAAGCAUCCAGGAGAGAGAGGAGUGUCGAAACACAGUUUGGCUGUUCGAGUGAACUCAAAGGUGCUUGUGGCGCGUAUUUGAGGAAUAUACAGCCACAGAUCAUUCGCUUUUCUUCCUCGGGUUUGAGUUGGAAAGUUUUCUAAAUAAAAGCUGCUUUCAUUGAGGUUUUCAGUGAUGUUAGGCGGCAUAGUCGGCCGUCUUUCAAGGCAGCCCUUUCUCAAGGUGGUCUGCAAAGAAACAAGAGGUGGUGAAUUAGUUUUAAAAAAAAUGUAAACGCAAAAGAAAAACAUCUUUAUCUCCAGAUCUGAGGCCGAUGACUCCAAAGAUCAGCAUCGUCUACUGGUUAUACGUUUAGAGGUUAUAUGUUGUACGUGCACUAUAAAAUUGGUCUCAAAGACAUAUUUAACUGAAGGUACGAUAACUGUAAGUGUAAUGUAAAUGUAGCUUGGACUUAAGUGCGGAGAAUUUGUUUUCUUCCUCUAGUUUGUUUGUCGUCCUGAAGUCUUGAUCUUACAGAAAAGAGUGAAACUGUCACAAACAGUAGUUCGUCGUUUGAAGGACAGAACAGUUACUUUAGUAGACUUUGAGUCUUUAGUACAGUUGUUUGUACGUUUUAAGUUUUCAUUUCACAUGCUAGAGAUGUAAGUUAUCAUGUAGCUUACAUUUAAUCAGGACUUUGAGAUUGUACCAUGUCUAGUGAUCCCUUGUUUUCCUUGUGAUCUAAAGAACUUUGAUUUACACAUCAAUGAAGUGCAUGAAGCUUACACCCACUCAUUGUCUAAACAGCUGUUGGUAAAGAACUUAGCCACCCUGACUGAAAUGAUCUUUAAUAUAUAUUUAAUAUUUAAUAUAUAAUGCUUCUUUCAUCUGUCUGUUGCAGAAAUAACCUGGUAAAAAAAAAAAAACUUCUCAGAGACAAAUUGAGACGGAAAUCAACCACAAAGAUCUGAAGUGUUUUUUCUGUUCCUAACACACUCAGGUCACUUCAGGUCUCAUCCAGAUGUGCAGGGCAUCAAAUUCAUAUUUAUCCCCCCCCUCAGCAUGAAUUAUCUGUAGAAAAAUAGAUUAUCAGCUACAUGAGUUUCGUGAGGUCACUAACUAGAUGCUUGAACUAUGAUCAAGUGAUCAAAUGAUCAUUGACGUUGAAGCAGUUAAAAAUGCCAUUCGUUUUUUUAAGCGAGCAAGACUGUGACCACCUCAUCCUUUACCAACACAUGUUGUGCGUGUCAUUCAUAUAUAUAUACACAUAUAUAGGUAUGUAUAUAUUUAUAUAUAUAUAUAUAUGUGUGUGUGUAUGUACAUAUAUACACACACAUAUAUAUGUAUGUAUGUAUAUAUGUGUAUAUAUAUAUAUUUGUGUGUGUGUGUAUAUGUGUAUAUAUAUAUAUAUAUAUAUAUAUAUACAUAUGUGUGUGUAUUUAUAUAUAUAUAUAUGAUCAUCUUUAUUUGGCUUCUUGCUGUCAAAAACUGAACUCUAAAUGAACAUGAUUUGUGUCCACCCACUAAUUACUGGUGGCAGUUAGUAAAUGAUGCUCACAAGUUAUCUUGGGAAAUUAAAGUUUGCUUCUUCAA